UCAUCAAAAUACUUAUUGCGAAACAGAUUGAUACGUUCCAAGUAAAAUAGUUAUUCUUUCCAUUGAAACUAAAUAUUUGCACAAAUAGAUCGAGUCUUGUAGUCGCUGUGAUUUUUCCUUCGCUUAUACUGAUUGUCCACUGCUGGAUAGAAGAUAUUUCAACUGAAGUCAUUAAGGAGAAUAAGAGAACUAAAAACAUUCCAGAAAGUCUUUACACAAUGGAACGGGUCUCAUUAGAAGAAUAUGGUCAAGAUGAGGAUGAGCUGUUUGAAUCUGCAGAUGACAUUUCCAUAACUCUAGAUACCACUGUUGCUGAAGAUAAUAUGCUUGUAGAGAAUUUAAGCAAUGAUGUGACAUUUAAUGGAACUCUAAGCCGCAAAAGAGUUAAUUUCACUGUGUGUAUAUCCCUUGGCAUGGCUUCUUUUAACCCACCUGAACCACAAUCGAAGAAGACCUCACCAAAACUAGAAAUGACAAAACCAUUAGGAUUCUAUCAUUUGGAGUUCAAACUUGUUCCACUCAGCAGUGACGUUUCACAGGUUGAUGUUGUUAUCUAUGAAACUUUUGCUCGUAUCUACGUUGACAAGACAGAUGUGAAAACCUGUAAGUUUUAUUAUUUGAACAAUGUUGCUUGGAUUUCAUGGGAUCAUAAGGUCACAAUGAAAAUUUCUGAUAACGUCUUGUUACAACUGUAUGAUUACAAGGUUGAGUUCCUUUUGUGGGACAACAAAGAAAAAAUGAUGGCUCGCACAAAAUUUGAUAAGACACGUGGUGCUAAAUGUGAUGUUGAUGAAAAUGAGAUGAAGAUAAGUAUUGAAAAGCAACACGAACAUUUGCUUCAACUGGAAAAACGUAAUCCUCAAAAUGUGUCAUAUAUAUUUGAGCCUAUUGAAAAUGAUCAAAGAAUAAGUGAAGACAAAUCUUUUGUUGAAUCUCCAGGUGAUACACCCGACCCAUCUCUAACUCAGUUGUCUGAAAACAUAUCCAAAUACAUUAUUCCUGAGAAGAAGAAGCAGAAGAUAAAGAAAAAAGAAUCACUCACUAUAAAAAUCCACACCAUUGCCAAGAUUGUUUUCAAGAUGUGUCACUUUUUCUCAGAUACUUUAUAUAUUAUCAAGCACUUAUCAAACACACCUGUGGGACUUAUUGAUAUGGUGGUCAGCAUUAGCUUGUCAGAAAAUUUACUCUCCGCUGAGCAGAAACUGAUGUUUAAUCCUAUGGUUAUAUGUAUUCACUCGGUGAAUGAUAUGCCAGGUAAAGACUCUUCAGAAGGAGUAACCUAUGAACAAUUGAAGGAGAAGUGUCAACCAGUUUAUGUAAAAUAUGAAUUCAUGAAGUUUCCUCCAUACAAAACCUCUGCCAAAUCACAACAAAAAAACAUAUAUUUUAAUGAUGUGAAUGUAAUAUUGACAGGUAUGUUAGACAAAACUGAAUUGAAACAGUUCCUUCAAGGACCAAGUUUACAGAUUGAAGUACAUGACCGUGACAGAUAUGCCGUGCCAAAAGAAAAACAAAACCCACUUUUUGGAAAUGACCGUAAUGAUGAUAAAUUCAGUAAUAUUAACUAUAUAAAAAAUAAAAAGGGACAGAAUUCACAAAAUCAAUCAUCUUCAAAAAUCUCUAAUAUAUAUGGUGUUUGCAAGCUCAACCUGUUUGAACUAACACAAGGCAGAAAGUACCUCUAUCGAGAACUACCAAUUCUUCACCAUAGAUCUGAGAAGAUUUUCUCCAGUGAUCGCUCAGUAGAUCCUGAUGAAUCAUUAAGUCUGUUAUCCACACCAAAAUAUAUAGAGUGUAACUCAGUUUUAAAACUCACUAUCAAGUUGUCACACUCAUUCUUUGACAAAAUUGAGACACCACCAAAAAGAUCACCAGUUCCACACAAUGUAUAUCUUUACAGUCGAGUGAUAUUCAAGAUUGAUGAAAAAUGUAAAGAAUAUGUCAAUAAUAUCUUGCUAACAGUAGCCAAAUUGAAUGUAAAACAACUUGGUUUUGAUAAUGUUGCAGAGCAUCUCAUCAUUUCAAUCCUGUCAACAUACAUUUUAAGCAGCCAACAACUAGCUGAUCGUACAUUAGACAUAAUCACAGGGUUCCAUUUCAUAGACCAACAUCUGCACUUAAUUGUACUUGAAGGACUCCAGACCAAAGCUAUUACUAAAGUGAUUAAACUAUUUCAUGAUAUAAAUGCUGAAGGGUUCACCAUGCUGUAUAAUACAGAUUUUGUAUGUUCUGAGCGUCUUUAUCUCCCACUGAACACAAACAUUUUGAAAAUUAAACUCAGUUUAUCACUGUCGAAAAUCCUCAAGCAGCCACUUUUAUAUGUCAGAAAUGUUGUGCCACGAUCAUGUUUUGAUUGUGUGAUUCGGCUCUCUAAUUUGAUUAGAUGCAACAGGCUGAUGGAUGCUGUAUACCAUAAAUGUUUUCCUGAUGCAGAGAUGAUACGAUCUCUGACUAAUGUAUUUGCCUCCUUCACACCAGAAUACAUUAAAACUGAGGCAAUGGCUAAUCUGGCUGAUAAAGAGGAUAUUGAAGUUGAUAUAAAAGAGGAUGCUGUACCAAUUCCAAUGGAAUCUUGCCCACAGAUGAAAAAAGAUGAGCGCCAUAAAAUAGCCAACUUUAUAAAACAUAAUGUUAAAAUGGUACAUCUUCAAAGUGAAGAAAACAGAAUGAAUGCAGUGCCUCAGAAGAUGGUGGAACUCAAGCAACCACUUGCAGAGAUGCAGAACUAUUCAAUUUGUACUUUUAACUCAAUAGAGUUAGCUAAACGGGAACUAGUGAAUACAUUGGACAAGAACACAUUAUAUACUUAUGGCCCUGAGUUCCAUCACUCAAUGACGUUUCCACCUGUCAAGGAUACAUCAGUGAAAAGUGAAAAACCUGUAAAGAAAAACAGAAGGUGGAUUCUUGCUCAGCAAAAAUCUAUCCUUCAACGUCAUGCACCAGUUCAGAGACCCUCUGAAGGUAGAUUGGAAGAGCUAUACCAGCCUUAUGAAGAUUUAAGUUGUUAUCCUCAACGAGAUAAAAGUGAGUGUGAACGGAUUUAUCAUUAUUCCUGGAAGGACAGAAAAUACGACUUUGACCUUUGGAAAAAUUCACUGACAAAACCCGACGAACCUGCCCCUGUGAUAGAAUCAACUACAAGCGAUGAACAAUAUCGGAAAGAACUAAAACAAAAAGAAUUUGAGUCUUGGAAAGCUAAAAUCGUUGUGUCAGACAUACGAAAGAAGUUUCACCGUGUACUCCCAAAUACAGAACUUUUAGAGAAAGGAUCAGAGGCUUCCUGUCAACUCGAGCGCUUGAAAGGUUUGCUUAAAGAUGAACCCGAAAAGUUAGCAUUCACCUUCUAUCCGUUACACCAGAUGCCCGCAUUGGGAGUUGUGAGUUAUCCUGAAUUAGACUGCGAAUCCAAUGACUUGAAGGAAAUCCCUUCCUAUUCAACUUACCAUCCUCAAUAUGAAAGAAAUAAUGCAUUUGUACCUGGUCCACUAUGGCCAAAACAUAGGUUGAUAACGUAUGGAAACCAAACUCCAUUGUUUAACUGCGCACCUGACAAGCUCUUAAAACAAAAAGGGAAAAGAUUCAUGUGAGUGAUAUAAUUUUGG